GUUACCUCUUUUAUGUGUCCUUGGUCUCCUCCCAUUUCUCCUCAUCUCCCAUUUCCCUUUUGCCCCUCGUUUCCAUUCAAACACGGAAAACCAGAAAGCCAAAAACUUCUCCCCGGCACAACCUCACCCGCCGGCACCGCGGCUGCCCAAAAAAACUCUCCCCCUAUCAUCACCUUCCAUCACCAUAACAAUAAUAAUGAGCAUUACCACCCACACCACCAAUAACACCACCACCACCACCACCACCAUUUCCCUAGCCACAAGCAACACCAGCUACAACAAAACCAACGUCAUCAAGAACAGAAUCGUCGGCGGCAACAACAACAACAACAGCAGCAGCAGCAACGGGACGAGCCCGGCUUGCGCAGCGUGCAAGUACCAGCGCAGGAAGUGCGCCCCUGACUGCGUCUUGGCCCCUUAUUUCCCACACGACCGCCAGCGCCAGUUCCUGAAUGCGCACAAGCUGUUUGGGGUGAGGAAGAUCACCAAGAUCAUAGAGAAUCUCUCGACGAAAGCAGAGAAGGACGAGGCGAUGCGAGCAAUCAUAAUCCAGUCUGACGUUCGAGCCAGCGACCCUGUUGGCGGGUGUUACAGGAUCGUGCGAGAGCUCCAGCGCCAGAUCGAGUACGGCGAGGCUGAAUUGGGGCUUGUCCUGCAUCAGCUCGCCAUCUGCCAACAGCAACACCAACAACAGGAGCAUCAACAACAACAGCAGGAUCCGCAGCAGCAGAGUACGGUGGAGAGCAACAUUGAUUCGGCGGCCAUGAUGGCCGUGGGGUGUCUGGAUGUUUACAGUGAUCCAAUGUUGUUGCAGUUUCAUUGCGGUCAGCAACAAUUACAGCAACAACAGGCUGAUGAUCAGCAGGAAGAACAAGAACAGCAACAACAUCAGCAUCAUUACCAUCACCAUCACCACCAUCAUCAUCAGAAUCACGAACAACUUCAUCAACAUCAUCAUGGGUAUGUUGUUCAAGAGACGUUGCAGGAUGGUGCGAGCGUGAAUUCAUGGGGGAUGGCUGUUGGUGGGUGAUUUGGUUGCAGGGCCUGCAGAUGUUCCUAGUAUGUAGAAUAUAUUGAAUACCAUAUAUAGAUUAUGAAUAUGAUGUGAUAAAAAUUUAAGGUAUAUCACAAGUGUUGGAAAGCAGCAGCUUUAUUUUUUAUAGGAAAUUUGCAAACUUUCUUUUAUUGUUUCCGAUUCAUCAUAUGAUAUAUGGGUUCUCAGGCAGAGCCUAUAGAUAACAUGGAUAUUUUGAGAAACAGGGAGAGAUUUCCUCGCCAUGGUGAUUCCCUUUCUUUAUCUCGGAGGUCCACUUCCAUUAUUAAGACUCAAGAGCACCAGCAACCAGCCUUCAUUAUCAAAGGGGAAACCCAGAAACCAUAAAUGUUCAACGACAAAAGGGGUUCUAACAGUCCUUUUAUCGAACGGUUUAUGUGCAUCAACCAUCUGUCGUCCUCUGCAUCGACCCAAUUAAGUCAUUCGAAGACG